GACUGACCGGCCGGUGACCACGGGAAAAAGAUACAGCGGGAACAGCCAGCCAGCGGGCUUCGUUUAAACGCCGGCCCACCGCGUGCAUCCAUCCAACUGCUUCUUCUACUUAAGCUGAGCCACCCCACAGCUGCCACACCGGCAGCCACCUCGCUCGUCUCUCCUCUCCCUCCCCAUCACUCCUCCUUCUCAGGCUCUCAGCUACCCAAAACCUCGCCGGCCCGGCACAAGUCGAGCCUGCACUGCACGCGCGCAGCCGGCGCAUGCAUUUUCCGCCGACGCGCGCCGCAGCUCGUCGGCACCAAGGUCGACCGUAGCACGCGCGCACGCAGGACACUCGGCAGUCGGCACCGAUGGGGGCGGCGGCGCCGCUGACGCUGCGGGACUUCCUGGAGAUGGCGUGCGAGUCCAGCUGCAGCGACGGCUUCCGCUCCUACCCGCGCCGCGUCCUCCCCUGCCCGUCGUCCUCUGACGACGGCGCCCUGGCCACGCAGGCGAAGCUAAAGGAGGAGACGGCGCCCGUGCGGCUGCUCAUCGAGGCCGACCUGCGGCGGAGCCCGUCGCGGACGCUCUCCUCCAUCCUCUUCCCCAGGAGCCCGCGGUCGCUGGCCGCCAUCUCGCGCCUCUCCAGGACCCUCUCGCGGCGGCUCGUCUUCUGGAGGCGCCACCCCGGCGAAGACGACGGCAGCGAGCGGGACUCCCUCGGCCUCCCGUCCCCCGUGGUCAGCAGCUGCUCCGCGUCCGAGCACGCCGAGUCGGAGGCCGAGGCGCCUGGCCCGCCGCCCGUCGACGCGGCGGAGGAGAAGCCCGCCUCGAAGCCGUCGCCGUCGCCAUCACCGUCGUCCAGCUCGGGCAGCGUCGACGCAGAUGACAACCCCGCCGCCGCCGGAGCCAAGCACAAGCUAACACAUGGUGGCGAUGCCGUGGGGUCGACGGAGGAGGAGAAGCAGCAGCUGAGCCCCGUCUCCGUCAUGGACUUCCCCUUCCACCACCACCACCACGACGACGACGAAACGAGCGACGCCGGCACCUGCUACUCGCCUGCUACCCCCUUCCAGCACUGCCUCCCCGAUGAUCCCGAACGUACGCUACGGUCGAACAAGGCGCAGGCGCAGGAACUGCUGCUGCUGCACAAGAUCCGACGGCUCCACGGCCUGGCGCAGCCGGUGGGCCCCGUGGAUCUCGAGGCGCAGUUCGGCACCGAAUCUGAUCGCCAGUCCGCGGAAUCUGACGACACGCACACCCAGACGAGCAACUGCAACUGCAGCGGCACCAGCGCCGACGGCGGCAAGGCGGCGACGUGGUCACCACGGUGCAGGAGCUACACCGAUCGUGAAGCAGAGCGCGAGCCUGACGAGCCCUCGCGCCUCCUCGCGCGACUCCUCAAGGACGACGACGGCACGGCAGUUACUUCGGGUGCUACGGAACGGCUGCUCCUGGACUUCUUCGAGGAGGGGCUCGACCGGCGCCGCUCGUCGGAGGCAGGGCCAGUGGUCGGCGCGGUGAGGCCGUCGGACGACGAGUCGGCGCUGGUUCGUGCUGCACAGGAAUGGGUGCAGGGCGCCGGGACGCGGUGGGGCGCGGAGGACGUAUUGUACGCCGGGGAGGCGGCGCUGGCGGACAUGGACCGGGGUCGGCGGUGGGUGCGCGCCGGCGAGGAGGAGCGGGAGGUGGGCGCGGCGUUAGAGGUGCUGGUGAUGGACGCGCUGGUGGCCGAGCUGGUGCGCGACUUGGCAUUGGCAGCACGGCGUUGACGUACGGUGUAAAAUAUGUGCACGUCGUGCGCGUACCCGUGUGCCGCUGGUUUGGUCUGGUAGGAAGGGUAGACGCGUUGAGUCUUGAGUGCACGUUAUUAACUGGAGUGUUAAAACAUGACGUGGUUUCACAUGCAUGGUUGGGUGGUGCGCAGUGGCGGUGCCAGGAUCAAAACCUUGUGAUGUCAAACUUUACUAGUAAUUUUUUUAGAUCAUAAACAGGAAUAAAAAACAUCUUACCUCACAAAUUUAUCCAUUUAUCAAACCAAAGACCUGACAAAAUAAAUCUAUUACUAAGAAAAAGGCAAAUAUGCAAUUCUUAUUCUUAAUCAAAAUAAUCUCCUACAUCCUGAAUCCUAAUAUUGCUAGUGAGAGAAAAAGUGGAAAAUAUUGAACUGUAUUGCUGUUUUUGCACAUAAAACAAACAAGUAGAAGUAGAAAAGUGGAGGGCCUUGCCUUGUGUUGGAUCAGAUACAGAGUGCAGACUAGUACAGUAGUAUUGAUUCAGAGUUUCAGACGGACAAUUCAUGUGCAGCCGCGGGUGCGCCGCUCGUGGCUCGCUGGACGGCCCAAGGUGGUUGUUCCUCGCGUCUCAUGUGCAGGGUCCAGCCAAAGAUCACCGGCGCCUGUCUGGAGACGAUGUGCUGCGGCGGCCGUCCACUGUCAUUGGAGAGGUAUGUGUGAAGGGGAGGCAAGGAGAUCACGUAAUUUGGGGAUCAAGCGAUACAGUGCGAUCAGUUAAGGGAUUUUGGACUUUCUUCUUGCUCUAUGGCCCAGUACUGGCCCAACUAAUUGUUACAGAAGCAGGGAAUAAGAGAAUAGAUGGGCUUGUCUCAAAAACAAAAGAG